AAUUAUGUUCUUACAAAUCACAGAGAAGAAACGCAUAAAAUAAACAAACACUUUCUAUGAUAUUGUGCAGUAAUGCACAAAUAAGAAAGAGAAAGAAAUCAUGGUGUUAUAUCGAGCCAGUGAAUCUCACUUUACUUCAUUAAUGUCAGAACUGAACCAGUUACGACAAGAGAAGACUUUCUGUGAUGUCACAUUAAAAGUUGGAUCAAAUGAAAUACAUGCACAUAGAUCAGUGUUGGCAGCAGGUUGUCAGUACUUUAAGUCAUUGUUUCUCGGUCACUUUAGUGAAGCAAAUAUGAAAGAGAUUAAUCUCUCCGAAGUGACAGAAAAUGUUGAAGCUUUAGAAAUUAUUAUGAACUUUAUUUACUCAGGAGAAGUUGAAAUAAAUAUGGAAAAUUUGGAAGUUAUAGUUAAACUGUCAUCCUUCUUUCUUUUAGAAACCCUGCGAAAUUUUUCAGCUGCUUAUAUGAAGGAUGCACUUUGUCUAAAAACAUGUGUAAAGUUCUAUCUUUAUUCAGCAGAACAUGGAAUAGCAGAUAUAGAGUUUGAUGCAGAACUGAUGAUGAAAGCAAGGUUUCAUGAUGUGUUGAUCUUUGAAGAUUCUACUCUAAAUCUUUCAGCAGAUGAAAUGGCUUGUCUUAUAGAGAAGGAUGUGUUUCAACAUUGCUCUGCUUUCAAUGUUGUACAGUUUGUGACAAAAUGGGUAAACAGAGGAAAAACUGAAAAACACGUAUCCAUUGGUCUUGAGUUAUUGGAUUCUUUAAACAGAAUGGAAGAAAGAAUGGAAUGUUCGGCACUGAGUGAAGUGUGUCUAGAAGCACUGUUUGAAAAGCUUGUUGUGACUUUAGAGACAUGUGAUAUUGUCAACAAAGAAGAUUUUAUUGCCAGACUAAAAACUGCUAUAGAUGAAGUACUUAUGGUGAAAUUACCAGAUACAUGUACAGACUCUGAUGGUUUUGAGAGUGAGGUGGCAUCAUGUAGUACAAAUAAACUAGUCGGCAAAGGAAAGAAAAAACCUCCAGCCACAGAAUUAGCGGUAAUAACAUUAUCACCAAAAUUAUGUUUGAUAGAGGACUAUAAAAAAGCAAGAUUAGGAGGUCUCAUUCAUCAUGUUCAAGAACCUUUUAAUGAUGCUGUAUUUGAUGUGUGUGCAUAUAUACCAAGGACACGUAGCUGGUACCGUGUCUGUGAGUUUCAUGAGCAAGGUGGAAUGCCAGAGUAUCUCAUUGAUGGUUCAGGAUAUGAAAGUCGUUUAGUUGUUAUGAAUGAUGAUAUUGCUUUUGUUGACAACAGAGGCGAUUACAUUGAUUUGUAUAAUGUGAAAGAACACACAUGGCAUGCACCUGAUAUACAGUACUCGGAUACAAAUAUCAGCCCAGAGUUAGAAAAUGGUCCCUUUCAGGCAAAUGAUGUGUGUUUUGUGACUGGGAACAGAAAUGAAAGGUACAUGGUUGUUAGAAUGAGGCUGUUUACAGACAAUUCAUUUGAUCAGGUGACAGAUAUGUAUUUCCGUUGCUAUAUUAUGGGUAAUGAUGGAGAGUCUUGGGAUUGCAUUUUUGUGACCCCAACCAGAAUACGGACCAAUUUGUCAGACAAUGGUGGAAUGCCUGAAAUGAAUGCACAUAUCAGUAAAACUAGUAAUGAAAUGUUAGUAACCCAUAGCACUUUAGAUGGCGGCUGGAACAUUGUGUUUAUUGCCAAUUUGAAUAACUUAUUUCCUGUGCCAGUCAUGUUGAAAUCUGAAUUUAUUGAAGACCAAGAUGUAUUCAGGGGAAGUGCUAUUAUAGAAAAAAGUGAUAGUCUCCUCAUUGUGUCAAAUGGAACAAAAAAUUGUGGACAUGAGGUGAAGAUACUGUAUGAAUAUAAGUUUAACUCUGAGGUAUUGACUGAAGUGAACUUACCGGGGAAGGUUAUCACUACAAUAACAAAACCAUAUGUAUAUGAUGAUGAGGAAUCCGAGUAUCCCUGCCUGUGUGAAUUCACUGCUACAGAUGGUCAGUCACUCUGGUACAUUGAGGGAAACCUGGACAAUGUUAGUGCUUUCACAGAAGUUCAGUUAGACAACAACCAGAAUCUCAUUACACUAAAACAUACCCCACCCCCUUUUGCUUGUAUAACCAGAGCAUUUGCUGGUCAAGUCAGUGCUGAGAUAUUAUCCUGUAUCAAACCUAUCUCUCAUUUUCUAGUCAAAGAAAAAAGUAAACCACUGUAAUCAGUGCAUAUAACUAUUGCUGAGCUGACAGUGUAAACAAUAAAACCGUAGAAACUGUUGAUAUAAAUUCAUUAAUUGUGUGCUUCCUGAAUUUCAUGUUUUUGACAGAUUGUUACAAAACCAAGACCUAAUGUAACUGAUAUUUUAUAUAAGUUUUAAUGUUAUCAAGUAAAUAGUUGAACCAAGAUGUUUUUAUAGUGUUAACAGUUGUUCCAUGCUUAAAGGUCCAUAUGUUAUCAUGUUAACAGUUGACCCAAGAUGUUAUAUAGUGUUAACAAUAUGUUAUCUAGUAAAAAGUUGAACCAAGAUGUUAUAAAGUGUAAACAGUUGUACCAAGAAAUCUUAUAGGGCCAUAUGUUAUCAAGUUAACAGUUGACCCAAGAUGUUAUAUAGUGUUAACAAUAUGUUAUCUAGUUAAAAGUUGAACCAAGAUGUUAUAAAGUGUAAACAGUUGUACCAAGAAAUCUUAUAGGGCCAUAUGUUAUCAAGUUAACAGUUGACCCAAGAUGUUAUAUAGUGUUAACAAUAUGUUAUCUAGUUAAAAGUUGAACCAAGAUGUUAUAAAGUGUAAACAGUUGUACCAAGAAAUCUUAUAGGGCCAUAUGUUAUCAAGUUAACAGUUGACCCAAGAUGUUAUAUAGUGUUAACAAUAUGUUAUCUAGUUAAAAGUUGAACCAAGAUGUUAUACAGUGUUAACAGUUGUACCAAGAUAUCUUAUGGGUCCAAAUGUUAUCUAGUUAGUAGUUAAUCAAGUAAAUAGUUGAACCAAGAUAUUUUAUACAGUGUUAACAGUUGUACCAAGAUAUCUUGGGAAGAUACAGUAAAGAUAAGUUUAAAUGUUAUAUAGUAAGCAGUUAUGGGCAUUAAUGUCAUACACUGUCUAGUUAACAGUACGGUAGUACAGAGUAAUUAGUGGUGUAAGUGAUAGGUUACAUUGUAAUGGAUAGGUUUUGAUAUUUUAUAAUAAAAUGUAAAUCAAUUUUAUGCCAUGUACUACAAGAGCACUGAAGAUCUUGGAAAACCAAAUGCUUUACUUGGGUCCAGAUUUAAUUUCAGAAUCUUAGUACUAAGUGUGUUCAGUUUUUCCAUUUUUAGCUCACCUGUCACAAAGUGACAAGGUGAUCUUUUGUGAUCACAAUUUGUCAGGGGUCGUCUGUCCGUAUGUUGUUUGUUCUUAAACUUUUACUUUAAAUGAUAUCUUCUCAUAGACCACUGAGCCAAUUUAAUCCAACUUCACAGGAAUAAUUGAAUUCCAUGCAGAACUCUGGUUGCCAUGGCAACUGAAAGGAAAAACUAAAAAAUAAUCUUCUUUAAAAAAAAACCCAAAGAGCUAGAGCUUGGAUAUUUGGCCUGGGCCAAAAUUGGUACCGACCCAGGGGGAGGGGUCAUUGAUUUUCCUUAUAUGUAUAUAGUAAAAACUUAACAAAUCUUCUUUUAAAAAACCAAAAGUGCUAGAGCUUAGAUAUAUAGCAUGAACCAUCUUCUAGUGAGUGUCUACCAAGUUUGUUCAAAUAAAAGCCCUGAUGGCAAAAUUGGCCCCACCCCAGGGGGUCAUUGAUUUUCCUUAUAUAUACACAUUUUUUGGAACUGUUGUUUCUCUUAACUAUAGCAACCAGUAAUGUUUUUACACGUGCACUGUUCCAGAUACAAAUAUAAACUUUGUGAUAUCACUUUAAGACUUACAUGAAGAUUUAUAUCAUUCUGCAUUGUUUAUAGUUUACAAUGUUACUUGUUCUUUGUCAUAGAGAGUUUUUAUAUUCAGGUGAGCGAUUUCAGGGCCAUCGUGACCCUCUUGUCUUAAUUAUACCAUUGUAUUUCUCCUAAAUAUGAAUUUUUUACUUUUUAUUUAUUUAUUUUAAGCAAUAAGAAAAUACUAUGCAUGUACAGAUGUAUUUUAACUUAGAACUAUUGA